GUACAUAUAUUGAUUUCAAAUGUUCGCGCGCAAUAUUGUCAAUUAUACGAAUAGCUCCUUUUAUGUUGGCCGUUGAAGAUAGGUCAAAUAUUUUUAUACAAAAGGAACUUUUUUGUUUAUUGAAAGCUUGAUUUAUUUAAUAUUUGUCUUUUGAUGAGAGAUAAUUGGAUGUAAAAAAAAAAAAUAUAAUUUUGGUAUGUUAUGUAAGAUAACGUCCACGAGAUUUCACGAGAUAGACAGUGACUCAGUGUCACAAUAUCAAUCAAAAUGUCUGUUGAAAGCAAAAGAUUAAAUCCUGAUUAUCCAGCUAUGGAACAGGAAUAUUCUGAUACCAAUGAUUUUGCACCAUCAUGUUCUACAGGUCAAGGAUUUGGCGGAGGUUUAAGGGACAGUUACAGUAGUGCUAGGGGUGGUUCUAGCUUUGAAAGUAGAGGCGGCGGAUUUAGAGGGCGUGACUCGCCUAGACAUGACAGAGGAGGAAGAGGCGAUUUUGGUAGUCCUGGUAGAAGUGGUGAUCGACCAAUGGGAGGGAGUUAUGGUGUUGACAGGAGAGGUCCCCCACAAAGACAUAGUUCAAUGGACAGAAGUUACAGUGACAGAGCACAACCAGCCAUGAGGAGAGGUAAACAGAUUGUUCCUCCUGUGGUAGAUGAAUGGAGUGUUCAACCAACUUUGACACAAAAUUUCAUCAGUGUUGGGGAUAACAGUUUGAAAGUAGGACCAGAUGCUCGCCAAUCAAUCUCAAAGGCAAGAUACUUUACUUGA